AAGCAUGAUCCUCAGAUUCCACUCACAGUUUGGGGCAUGCACCUCCCUUAGCUCAGUAGGGAGGACUGGCCUCUUCCUAGCAAGGGUGAGCAGAGGAGCCGCACCGACACAGUCUGAUACAUAACAGCUAAUACUCACUGUCGUCCUGCUCGGGAGAACGGCUGCAAGCCCAGGAAGGGCUGUUGUAGCUAAUUACCUCCAAAGAAAACACCUUGGGAAAAGCCAAGAGCCCUGUGCUCAACACUUAUCAGCUCAGAGGAAGAGAACUCCCUUUUAAGGAAAACUUGUAACUUCAAUGUACUGCUCUUCUGCCAGGACUUUCAGGCCCUCUGAACAUAAGCCGAACCACAGAUGGCUUCGAGUAAGUCUGGAUCCUGACACCCGCCCUCCCCACCCCGAGCUUCAGCACCAGUUGUUGGCCAAAAAUAAACACCAUUCCUCAACCAUAUAUGUCCACCAGUCCUGAUCUGGGGAGGAAGCAGGAGGCAGGUCAGACCCUUGCUGGGCACUCACGUGCGGCCACCACUCACCAUGCACAUAACCCAGCUCAAUCGGGAGUGUCUGCUGUGCCUCUUCUCCUUCCUGGACAAGGACAGCCGCAAGAGCCUCUCCAGGACUUGCUCCCAGCUCAGAGAUGUGUUUGAGGACCCCACCCUCUGGCCCCUGCUGCACUUCCAUUCCCUUGCAGAGCUCAAGAAAGACAACUUCCGGCUGAGCCCUGCGCUGCGCAGCCUGUCCAUCUGUUGGCAUUCCAGUCGUGUGCAGGUGUGCAGCAUCGAGGACUGGCUCAAGAGCGCCCUCCAGAGGAGCAUCUGCAGCCAGCACGAGAGCCUGGUUAAUGAUUUCCUCCUGCAGGUGUGCAACAGGUGCCCCAACCUGACGUCCGUCACGCUGUCGGGCUGCGGCCACGUCACGGACGACUGCCUGGCGCGCUUGCUGCUCAGCUGCCCACGCCUGCGUACGCUGCGCCUCGAGAACUGCGCGCGCGUUACCAACCGCACGCUGGCGGCCGUGGCCGCGCACGGGCGCGCGCUGCAGACUCUGCACGUGGACUUCUGCCGCAACGUGAGCGCCGCCGGCCUGCUCCGCCUCCGCGCCGCCUGCCCGAACCUGAGCCUCAGCGCCGAACGCAGCGCGGCCAUGAUACCCGAUCAGCCACCGCGCGCGCGCGUGUGCGCUGCCUCGGCUUUCUCGGCCGCACCCGGGAGACAAAGCCUACCUCACCCCGCGGGCUCCUACUGAGGAUGCGCGCGCUAUUAAAGGAGAGGAUGCGUGUAAAA